AUAGAUGCAGAAUCGGAAACCUGCUGAACCCUUUACAACUAGUGCGAGUUUUCAAGUUAUUUCUUUCACUUAGCUGCUUUACUCAACACCUUUCAGCGCCCAUGUUAUGGAAUCCUGCCAAGCAAGUUUGACUAAAACGAAACCCAGACUUAGAAAUGUCCUUCUUUUAUUUCGGCUUAAUAUUUAAACUUAUCAAAUGGAUAAUAUUUUGUGACUUCUUUGCUUCUGGGGAAGAAAUUUCCAUAUGCAAACAUUUGGUAGCGUCAUGUCAAAGUCACUGAAGACGAGCCAGUUGGGGGUGGAGACUCACAUUCUGUGGUUUGUCUGUGACUGUCAGCAUUUGCACGACUGAUGGCAUGAAUAUAUUGUCAGAAGGAUAUGAGACUUCCUCUUCGACUCUCGUCUGCGCGUUACAUUUUUACCUCCUAUGAUCAUCGUGAAUGGGUUAAAAGACUUUCUGCAAACAGUUGGGAGGAGUGUCACUUCAGUCACCGGCUCGCUACUUUACUUAAAAUGAACGUGGACGUCUGAGAUGGACUGUGUUUUGUUGGUAUUUUAGCAUGAGCCACGCAGGCUGUUGAUACUACAAAUUGAGUAAUGGAAAAUUUUAAUGGGGUUGCACCUGUUGUGACAAGGAAGACUUUGAGAAAUAAUAAAGAUGUGUGCAAGUCUCCUACUGAAGAACCCAAGUUCGAGUGGAUCGGCAAGUACCAGAAAGCCUCAAAAGGACAUGGAGUUGUCAAACAGGCCCUCGCGCCCCUCGGGACUACUCUCACUAAGCUCAACCAGCAUCGUAAAACAGAGAGAUCGUCUGACAAAAGAGCGAGUUUAGAUGAGGAGAAAACAUCUGGCGCAUAUUCCACUCCAGAGAGUCAGAGCAACUUGAGUCGGGAGGGCAGGGAUGACCUGGUGCGUUCCUCCAGUUAUUCAACAUCCAACAAAGCUCAGAUAUUGACCAUGCCUCAGUUCGGCCUGCGAGAUAACCUUAUCAGGUGUGAGCUGCUCAAGAGUGAAGAACUUUACACCUACAGAGAAGACUUCAGCUUUUUCCUUGGCACCUACAAUGUGAACGGUCAGACACCAAAAGAAAGCCUCAGUCCUUGGCUCAGCUACACAUCCAAACCUCCAGACUUGUAUUGCGUUGGUUUCCAGGAACUUGAUCUGAGCAAAGAGGCUUUCUUCUUUAACGACACACCUAAGGAGGUGGAGUGGUUGAAGGCUGUGACUGAAGCAUUGCAUCCGGAUGCCAAGUAUGCACUGGUGAAACUGGUCCGGCUGGUGGGCAUCAUGCUACUAUUCUAUGUGAAGAAUGAGCAUGCCGAGUUCAUCUCAGAAGUGGAGGCUGAGCAUGUGGGAACUGGCAUCAUGGGAAGGAUGGGCAAUAAAGGAGCUGUGGCCAUCCGUUUCCGCUUCCAUAAUUCUGAGAUCUGUGUAGUCAACUCUCAUCUCGCUGCCCACAUUGAAGAGUACGAGAGACGCAAUCAAGACUACAAAGACAUCUGCAGUCGUCUGCUGUUUCGCCAGCAAGAUCCGACCCAGCCCCCUAUUACCAUUAUGAAGCAUGAUGUAGUAUUAUGGAUUGGAGACCUGAACUACAGAAUUUGUGACCUGCCUGUGGACAAUGUGAAGGAGCUCAUCAGCAAGAAGGAUUUUGAAACACUGCACAGUUAUGACCAGCUCAAGAGGCAGAUCGAUGAGGAGGCUGUGUUUGUAGGCUUUGUGGAGGGUGAGAUUGAUUUCCAGCCUACCUACAAGUACGACACCGGCUCUGACAUGUGGGAUACAAGUGAGAAAUGCCGGGUGCCUGCGUGGUGCGACCGUAUUCUUUGGAGAGGAAAGAAUAUCUCGCAGCAGCACUACCUGAGUCACAUGGCACUGAAGACCAGUGACCACAAGCCAGUCAGUUCCCUGCUGGACAUCGGAAUUAAAAGAGUGAAUGCUGAAUCCUACAAGAAGACAUUGGAAGAUAUCGUUCGUAAUAUUGACAAAAUGGAGAACGAGUGUAUUCCAUCUGUAACUUUGGAUAAACGAGAGUUCCACUUUAAUGAUGUGAAGUAUAUGGAGCACCAAGCACAGAGAUUAUGCCUCUUCAAUGACGGCCAGGUCCCAUGCCAGUUUGAGUUCAUUCAGAAGCCAAAUGAAAGCACGUACUGCAAAGCUUGGCUCACUGCCAAUCCCCAAAAAGGCUUCAUUGCUCAGGGUGUUUCUGUGGUCAUUGAGCUGGAGGUUUUUGUGAACCGCACAACUGCGCCCGAACUCAAUUCAGGCAAGCAGCAGAUCGAAGACAUUCUAGUGCUUCACCUGGAGCGUGGAAAGGACUACUUCAUCUCAGUGACAGGAAACUACCUGCCCAGCUGCUACGGCACAUCCAUCAGAUCAUUGUGUCAGCUCAGGGAGCCCAUUCGAGAAAUGCCACAGAAGACUCUACACAACAUGCUCGAAACGGAUGGGAGUGAAAAGUCAAGUGCUGAAAAACCUCUUGACAUUCCGAAAGAGCUCUGGAUGAUGGUGGACCAUUUGUUCAGAAAUGCAGUGAAACAGGAAGACAUAUUUCAGCAACCUGGACUCCGUAGUGAAUUUUCAGAGAUUAGAGAUUGCCUUGACACUGGCAUGCCGGAUUCUCUUCCUGGCAGCAACCAUUCAGUUGCAGAGGCCUUGCUCCUCUUCUUGGACGCCCUCCCCGAGCCUGUGAUUCCGUUCUCUUUUUACCAGCAGUCACUGGACUGCUGCUCAAGUCCUAGCCUGUGUGAGAAGGUUGUCUCCAUGCUACCUCAGUGCCAUCAAAACGUCUUCAACUAUCUAGCUGCCUUUCUUCGUGAGCUGUUGAAGAAUUCUUCAAGUAACAAGUUAGAUAUCAACAUCCUGGCCACCAUCUUCGCCUCCUUGCUGCUGAGAUCACCAACAAAGCAAGACCUUGCAGAGAAGAGGAAAGCGAGGGAGUUCUUCCAUCACUUCUUGAUCACCAGCUCCACCACCCCAUAGAUCACCUUCACAAGAACACUAACUGAACUACAUGGUGGAGUUGUUUUUUUUGUUUGUUUUUGUUUUUUAAGAGUAAAAUAAUGCAGUUUUUAAAUUGUACGUUGUUAUAUCUGAAAUAUUUCAAUGUUUGUGACUGGUCAAUGCACAGUUUAUAUUUCAUGAAGCAUCUUGAGAAAUUUCAAUAUAUGUAUAUUUUAUUUAAAAAGUCAUUUGUAUUUUGAUGUUAUCUAAAUAGCAUGUGGUUUUUUAUAUACAUAUAUAUAAAGAUCCUGCAAACAA